AUGAGAAGCGCAUGUCUCGAAGGAAAGUUCCACGUGGCGACUAACAACAACAAGGUGGUUUGUUACAAACGUAAGUGGGAUAUGGCAAACACAGAGAUGAGUUGUUUUUGGUUUGAAGAUUCUUAUUGCGUGAUAGAGAAUGUGUUGUAUUCUUUCGAGGACGGUACCUCAGGAUGGCACGACACUGAGGUAAACAUGUGGAAAGUUUUGGAAGGAGGGCUACCUAAUUUGUUCGUCUCUGUUAGAUUUGCUGAUUAUGGUGGUAAGAUGGUUGUCCCGUGGGACCAGAAUAAGUUCUAUCAUGUCGAGAAGAUGAUGAUUUGGUGUGCUGUGUUUGUGCUUAAAAGGCCGAAGAGUGGUCAAGUUGGGGAGUAG